UUGUAAGCAUCGACGGGAAAAAACUCUAUUUUUAUUUAGGAUGUAGCAUACAAAAAGACUCUUUGAGGACUGCGAUGAGGCGAGCCAAACAACAUUGUUAUCUACAAAACUUUCAAAUCAAUCCCACAUAGCAACAUCUUCUUCCCUCUCAUAUGCUGAUAGAGCCUAUAACAAGAAAGUGGGUGCUUUCCAAUCUCCAUACCAACCAUCAUGGGCAAAUGUUUUGCUCCUUUGAGGGGCUUGCCGGACAUGUAAUGACAAGAAGCAGACAUUCGUUGUUCUUCCCAUCUUAAUUGUUCUUUCGCAAGAAGACUGAAUCGUGCCUCAUCACCACCGAUGGCUCUCGGCAAUCUUCUUCCCGGUCUUCUGAUUCUUCUGGCCUGUUCGGCGGCAAUGGCUUUGGCCAACCACGUGUUCACCAAAGACACCGAAAUGUACCCUUUCAAAUGCUUUGACCAGAUCACAACCUGCAAUGCCUCUCUGUACCAUUACGACAGUGGCCUCCAGGAGGAUCGAAUCGCUGCCUACUACUCAGUGAGCCCCUCCCAGAUCAAACCCAUCAAGCACGCGGACCGGCAAGACUACCUCAUCAGUGUGCCGUGCUCUUGCCAGAGCACCGGGGACACCACCGGCUACUUCUACAACGUGUCCUACAAGGUUGAACUAAACGACAUCUUCGUCAACGUCUCGGCGAAGGUCUACAGCGGGCAAGCUUGGAGCCUUGAAGAUGAAGAGAAGAGGUUCAAAGUGAGCGCCACGGUCCCCAUGUAUCUUCUAUGCGGGUGCGCAAAGAGUGACUCUCAGACCGUGGUGACAUACACGGUUCAGCAGCACGACACGCUGACUGAUAUUGCCAACCUGUUAUCUGCUGAACUGAGCAGCAUCGAGAACAUGAACCCCAAUCUGAUACAGAACUCCAACUCCAUAGGCGUGGGUUGGGUGGUGUUCGUGCCGAUGGAGAACAACGGAAUCCCAUCCCCUAAGAAAGGGAUAAAGCACAAGUGGACCAUAGUCGUCGGCACAUUAUCGGCUGUCCUGCUGAUUUCAGUGCUAGCAUUGAUCAUCAUUCUCGGAAGAAGACUGUCAUGCCAAGAUGCCGAGGAAGACCCAAAAGCUGUAUCCAAAACCUUGAGCGCUAACAAGGCCUACUCCUUUCAUAACCAGUAUCUGCAUAAGGAAAACAAGGAAGCCGCUCAUACUGAAUUUUCAUGUACAGACUUCCCGAUUUUUGAAUCAGAAAGGCCUCUGAUAUACAGCCUUGAGGACAUUGAGUUCGCUACUAGUAACUUCGAUGAGACGAAGAAGAUCGGAGAGGGUGGAUACGGGAGCGUGUACUUUGGAGUAUUAGGUGAACAGGAGGUGGCCAUAAAGAAGAUGAGAUCUAGCAAGUCCAAGGAGUUCUUCGCAGAGCUCAAGGUCUUGUGCAAGAUCCACCACAUCAAUGUGGUGGAGCUGCUGGGAUAUGCGAGUGGAGAAGACCACCUCUACUUGGUUUAUGAGUAUGUUCGGAACGGGUCGCUCAGCGAUCACCUGCACGAUCCUUUGCUUAAAGGUAGGCAUCCCCUGUCUUGGACAGCAAGAACGCAGAUAGCAUUGGAUGCCGCCAAAGGUCUCGAGUACAUUCACGACCACACAAAGGAUCGUUACGUGCACCGUGACAUAAAGACAAGCAAUAUUCUGCUUGAUGAGGGGCUCCGAGCAAAGGUAGCAGAUUUCGGGUUGGCAAAGCUUGUUGGUCGAAGUAAUGAAGAGGAUCUCAUAGCUACGCGGCUAGUAGGAACGCCGGGCUACCUUCCUCCUGAAUCUGUGAAGGAGCUCCAGGUGACUCCAAAGGCUGACGUCUUUGCAUUUGGAGUGGUUCUAGCGGAGCUAAUAACCGGCCAACGUGCGCUUAUCCGCGACAACCAAGAGCCCACCAAAUUGAAAUCGUUAAUCACAGUUAUGAAUAAAAUUUUCCGACACAAAGAUCCGGAGGCAGCACUAGAAGCUGUGGUGGAUGGCAAUCUUCGAGGUAGCUAUCCGAUGGAGGACAUGUACAAGAUGGCAGAAAUUGCAGAAUGGUGUCUGAGCGAAGACGCAGUGGACAGACCGGAAAUGCGGGAGAUCGUAGUGACACUGUCUCAAAUCAUGAUGUCCUCAACAGAGUGGGAAGCAUCUUUGGGUGGAAAUAGCCAGGUUUUUAGUGGCAUUUUCAACGGAAGAUAACAACUAACUACUUCAGUCUUUUGUCCCCUUCCCCUUUCUUGGACAUGGCGUGAUUCUGAUUUAUAGCACUCAAAAUGGUGAUUCCUGUACUAUCAAGUAUAACAUGGAAAUAGAUUUCCCUAAAAAUUCAGUACAUUUUGAAA